AUGUGGAACCACUGGGAGGGCUGCUGGGAGUGCGACACCUGCGACCGCACGUUCGGCAGCGAGCAUGCAAUGCAGCAACACAUGAACGCACUGGGCCAUUGGGAUUACGACGAUCAGCCCGAGCCUUCUAAAGGUCGAUAUGAAUGCAAUGAUUGUAACGAUCGGUUCCACGACGAGCAAGAUCUCCGCGAGCACGAGGUCGAGUACCACAAUUACUGCGAUCCCUGCGACCGCUAUUUCAACAACCAAAACAAUAUCCGGCAGCACUUGAACUCCAGUGUUCAUCGCGCCAGCAGCGACAUACAGUGCCCCUUCUGCAGGCAGACCAGCGACACCGCCACCGGUCUCAUCCACCACCUCGAGCGAGGUGCCUGUCCCAGUGCCCCUCUUGACCGCGACAAGCUCUACCAGGCCGUCCGCGCACGCGACCCCAACGGGGAGUGUUAUCUCUGCCACCGCGCCUUUUCAACCCUCAAGGGCCUCAAUCAGCAUCUCAACUCCCCCAUUCAUCAGCAGAAGCUCUACCACUGCCCGAACCAUCGUUGCGGUCGUGAGUUCACCACCCUCGCAGCGGCCAUCAACCACCUCGAGAGCGAAUCCUGCGGCUAUAUGCGCUUUAAGGCAGUGCAGCAGAACGUGGGACAGAUUCUUGAUCCUCGUCGGAUGCUUUCUUUCUGAUGGAAGGUGCGAUACUAGUAAGGGUAUGCUUGAAACAACCGACAUGCGAUGGGCGAAACUGGGAAUGGGGCUGUCGGGAACCAUAAAGAUGCCUUAACGAGACUUGCUUUGAGACGACAUGGAAGGAUGGAACCUAGGAACUUUAGCGGAUGUUGCAACUGUCUCAGCUGAUCAAAUCGUUUGUGUGUAGAUCUCCUCAACAACAGGUCAAGGGAACAAAUGGAACACUCUUUCUGUCACUGGUUGGAUUCCUAGUCACGGUCUGUCACACAAACAAGGCACAGGUGUCGUCUCCAUUGAGGCUCUUUCAGACGGUCCAUUGCCAUCAAUGGUUUGACUUGCAUUAUUGACGGCCAAUAGGGUGAAGGCGGUUCCAAACGAGAUCUGGGCUCGCUUAUACGGUCC